AUGUUCUCCAAAGCCACCGCCAACUUUGUUCGUCAAGUCGACCGAGAUGGAAGACUGAUCCACGUUUCUCGGAUGAAUGACUCUUCUAAGCUGCUUCCAAUGGCUCUGGUGGUCAAGCGGAAGCGCGUGUGGUUCUGGCAGAGCCCCAAAUACCAGACCACGGAUUUCAAUCUCAGUGAUUUGUUGCUAGGCGAUGAGGUGCUUACACCCGUCGUGUCCAAGAAAGACUUCCUGAAAUUCACCGGGAUUUUGGGCGACACGCUCACUGGCAAGUUCGAAGCCGAAGCCGGUUCUGUCGGCCUGAAACUCGAGGGUCAGGGCUCAUCAAAACUCCUGUCAGAUUUCGGCAAGCUGAAGAAAGAAGAACUGGAUGUGAAGAAGUUGCUAGAAGACUCUGACAAUAGGCUAGUGGACAUGCAGCACAUGUUGGUUCAACAGUUGGAGAAGCAGUCUGAUGUUCUGGCUGUGGUUAAGGAGAGGAUCGUCACAACGGCUGCCUGCAUUGUCACAGAGACCAAAAAGGAGAAAUGCGCCUUUCAUGGCAUCGUGGGACUGUUGGGCAAUCUUGGGGCUAACAUUAAGAUGUGCAUCAAGGAGAGCAACGACAUUGAGGUAGACAGCGAUUUUUCCUUGGAAAUACCAUCCGAUGUCGUCAUUGCGUAUAGCAUUCUGGAACUAGAUAUAAAAAAAGACGGCCAGUAUGAGAUAUGUCUUCAACCCGGAAAAAUCGGGGGCUUUGAAGCUGACCUGAUGAGGGUGUCGUCCCAAGAAUCCUUGACCGUUGUGGACGGAAGGUGCCUUGAUGAGAAUAUUUCAGAAGAACAAAUUCAGCAAGAUGGAUCUCACAAGGAUGACCUCGCUCCCCUCACCGCUCUAUCCCAGUCAACUCGUUGGGCCUUGUUCUGCAGACUUCAAGAGAUUCUCAGCGACAGAGUGACUCUCUCGUAUCUGCAGGAUGUCCUUGAGGAGGUGUGUGUGAACAAAACACUUGAGGAACACGCUAACAACGAUAGUUCGAUGAAUGCCGUUCAUCUGUUGGUCAGUGCCUUGGAAGAGCUGCCCGAUGAAACUUUGAGUCUGAUAUGUGACAGUCAGCUCAAGUUCUUUGAAGCUUUUAGCACUAUGAUGAGCCUGUUGAAGGAGAGUGGCGUUCCUCUCUCGAUGCAGUUUCUUCCUACACUUCUGUGGGAAAAAGAAGCUUUCCAGCAGGCAGAGAAGCUGCUUGACUCCGUUGGAGUGGCUUUGCGGGCCGAUGGUGACCGGCUGUGGGUGGAGAUGGGAGAAAAAAGUGGCGUGCACAUGUUGGUACUUUGCCUUAGCAUGUAUGGAUUGUCUCUGCUGUGCAGAGGGCAAAAACAGGAUUAA